AGCCCCUUCGGCUCCAGCCACGGGGGCCCCGCCGCCGCCUGCGCCUUGGGGCGGCGCGGACCGCGCUUUCACGCCGCGGCGACCGCGGCUGCCGCGGCUGCCCGCGCGGUCCACGCAUGCGGCUGCCGCCCCCGCGGACGCGGCGCGGGUGCCUCUUCUGCCUGUGCGCCGCCGCUCCGCUCGGAGGCGGGCACGGCGCCCUCGAGGGCGCCUGCGGCGAGGGGUGGCAGCUCGAGGCCGUGGCCCGCGAGUGCGAGGCCGUCGCGGCGAGGCCCCGCGGCGCCGACGCGCCCGCCGCCGCCCCGAGCGCCCGUGGGCGGGGGCUGCGGGAGCGGCAGGGCGCGCCGAUCUCCGUCGAGGUGUUCUUCCUGGCGACGUGCCCGCACUGCUACCACUUCGUCCACAACAGCCUGCUCCCCUUCCUCGACGCCGGGCUGCCCGGGGGCGGGGUGGUGGUAACUCUGCUGCCGCUGCUGAAGGGCAUGUCGAGCUCCGACAGCCGCGGGAUCACGGACGCAUGCUCGCUGUCGCUGGCCCCGCUGUGCGCCCUGAAGGAGGCGCUCCCGAUGCCCGCCCCAGCGGGCUCCGAGGCGCUGCGGAGGGGCGCUGGUUUCGUGGAGUGCGACCUAGGGCUCACGGCGAUGGUGUUGCUCGGCCGCGACGAGGAUGCCACCGAGACCUGCAGCAAGCAGGCCGGCAUCCCGUGGUCUGGCGAGGACGGGCUGCAGGCGUGCUUCGAGGGCCGCGAGGCGUUCGACAUUAUGUACAGCACGGACUACGCCGACAGCGUCGUCGCGGCCAUGCACCGCCUCACCGGCGCGAAGUUCACCGAGCCGCCGAGCAUGCCGUGGGUAUUUAUCGACGGCCAGCCGUUCACCUGCGAGGAGUCGGGCUCCUGUUCGUCGGCCCCCGGGUUCCAGAAGAGCGGCGAGCGGGGCCAGGGGUCCGGCGCCCUGCUGGAGCUCGUGCGCGGCAUGAUCGGCGACGGCCGCGGCCAGGAGCAGCGCGCCAAGGUGAAGAAGCCUCCGAAGGUAGAUUAAACUGCGGCGCGCAGCGCGCAGCGGCCACGUGCACGCCGGCAGGAGGGCGGCCGCCGACGGGGAGCGCAGGGCGGCCCCCCUCUGCCGAGCGGGGCCGUAGCUAGGUGGGGAACAGCUUUCUCCAGCGCAAGUACCGCUCGGGACGUCAUUGAGGAGGAGGAGGAGGAGGAGAGGGAUCUGAACCCUCCAAGCGGCAUCGUGCACCCUCUGCCGCGCCCAGCACGGACGACUUGGCGCGUGCAUGCCCAGCUCGCGGCUGGCGUGCGCCUGGCUGCAUUGCACGUGGGCUAUGUGCAUCCUCCCGCGCCUGUAUGUCGCUUGCCUUCAACCCUUUUUCGGCGGAGCUGCAGGCGCUGCGUUUUCCAGAGUGCCGCCAUGCCUGACCUGCAUCAAGCAAGCUGGAGUCAGCACCCUGGCUCUCGGCGGGGGGGAGGGACAAGGAAGAGAGUGAGUGACGACGGUCGCGAAGCGAAUUCGGUGGUCUACGAAGCCCGACGAGCCAACUCUGCUCGGCUGCGGACCCUAGGCCAGCGCCCUGCGAGAAUAUUGCUGAGACAUGUGGCUCGAUUGGGGCUCGUGGCCUCCUGGCACGGCUGCCCGAGACCUCUCAAACGCUGGCUGGCGAAAUGCCGUCAGGCCUGGCUUUUAUCAAGUAAAUUGGAGUCAGCACCCUGGCUGUUUGGAGGCGGCAAUUUGCCUCCUCCAAAGGCAUAUACUAAGCAGCAAAACUUUCAGGAUCUGUGGCACAGCGUCUGGGGCAUAUUGUGGAAAGCAUGGCUGCCAAGAUAGCGCGGUUUCCCGGAGUGCGGUUCGCUGCAGCAUGCCACGCGCGCUGCUUCCCCACAUGGAUUUGGCAUCGUGCCCGUCUAGGCGCGUCUGCCUCUGAUCGCCACAGAGCGUCGUCCGCAUCCAAAGACCAGAGAUUUUCCACCGAAGGUCUUUAGGGUUUAUAGAAUGCGCUGUCGCCCAGAGAUUUUCCAUCGAAGGGCGCGAGACCAGAGAGCUGCCAUCGCAGGAAAGGGGGCGGGAGCCGGGGCAGCAGCAGGAGUCCCUCCCUCCCCCCCUCCCUCCCCUCCUUCCCUUCCCUAUGGGCCCUCCCAGGAGCAGUAUAGAAGAAAAUGGAGAAGAAGAAUAGAGGACAAGAAAUGGUGGCGGAAGGCAGGGCGAGAAAGGUCGUUGUCGUCGGUCCGCAGGAGCUCUGGCCGGUCCUUCCGGCCCCCGCCCCCGCCCCCUGCCGCGCCCGCCCCAUCCGGGGCCCGAGGGGGCACUGCGCCGCCGGAGGUCUGACCAUGUCUGGCGGCGACGACGACGACGACGGCGACGCACUUCGAGGUUCGAGGAGGUUUUUCGCUUCUUUCGGCGUCUGGAGGCACGCUCAAAGCCCGGGGGCCGUCGGGAAUCAUUGCCGU